CUCUUUACAUCAAUCACUCUGAUCAUUUGGACCACCCUUUGGCAACAAUGGACAAGUUUUCGUCGUUUGGAAAGAACAUAAGUUCUGCCUUCAAUACCACCGUCUCCCCCUUCGUCCAGCGGAGUCAGCAACAGCUGAAGGAACAAUUCGGCUCUGCAGAAGAGAAAACUCAACUGCCUGCGGACUACACUGAACUGGAGAAGCGUGUCGAUGCGCUGAAGCAAGUCCACCAGAAGCUUUUGACCGUCACGAAUCAAUACCAGAAUGAGGCAUACGACUACCCUCCAAAUAUUCGCGAAUCCUUCACCGAUCUCGGUCGUAGCAUUUCCGAGAAAGUAACUCUGCUAUCUCAUGCCUCGAGCACAGCCGAAGCCCAGGCUGCGUUCACCGCGCCUCCCUCCGCAAAGCCCCAACCGAAGACCUUUAACCAUGCGAUUGCGCGUGCGUCCUUGGCCAGCUCACAACUCCUUCAACAGACAAACCAGUCUGGCAGCGAGGAUCCAUUAGCCCAGGCGUUGGAAAAAUACGCCCUGGCAGAAGAGAAGGUUGGAGAGGCACGACUGGCGCAGGACCAUGCCAUUCAGUCGCGCUUCCUUGCGGGUUGGAACACAACGUUGAACACCAACAUCCAAUUCGCGACCAAGGCUAGAAGAGCCGUGGAAAAUAGUCGACUCUUGCUGGACAGCACCAAAGCCUCGAAGAAGAGCCAGGUGAUGGGUCGUGGCAUGAACCCGGAUGAUGAGACAGCGCUGAGUGAAGAGGCACGCGCCGAGAUUGAAGCCAAGGAAGACGACUUUGUUUCACAAGUUGAGGAAGCACAAGGUGUCAUGAAGAACGUCCUAGAUACCCCCGAGCCACUCCGCAACCUGGCAGACUUGAUCGCGGCACAGUUGGAAUACCACAAGAGGGCUUAUGAAAUUUUGUCUGAGCUUGCGCCAGAGAUUGAUCAACUCCAGGUUGAACAGGAAAGCAGCUAUCGCAAGAGCAGAGAAGGCGCUUGAUGUCGUCACCUGAAUCAACCAUGACAAGCUUCUGCUUGGGUUGGCCUGUAUGUCUUUCGUUGGUGAGGGAGGGAUUCCCUAAUUCCAUUUUCAAAGGAAUGGAAUGGUCAUAAAUCAUUGAAUGAAUACCACUUUGCCUGUUUUACC